AUGAACCGUAGUGAGUGCAGUAUAUAUAUAAGUCAUAUUUCUUCUAACACUAACGAAGAUGAUUUAAUUUCAUCGUUUUCAAAAUUUGGUACAAUUGAAAGUUAUACAUUUUUUUCAAAAACUUCUCAACGUAAUAGUGCAGCUGCAAUAAUUACAUAUGGAUUAGGUGCUGAUGUGAACUCCAUCAUAAGACGUUGUCAACGAAUAAAAUUUGAUGAUCGAACACUAUCUAUUCGUCGUAUAUUACCACCAACACGUCCUGCCUAUGAACGUUUUAUGUUAUCGAAUGAAUUAGUUAUAUCGUUGGAUUGUCCAACUGAUGAUAGCGAGUUUAAUCAGACGAAUCUACGUAAAUAUUUUAGUAAAUAUGGUACCGUAACAUCAUGUCAUAUUAUAAUUCCUGAUCAAACAUUUCUACUUGGUUUUAUUCAACCAAAUAGUGUUGACUGUGCAAUUCUUGAUGAACCACAUUUUCAUAAUGACAACCAGUUAAUACUUAGAAAAUAUAUUUCACCAUCUCGGGUUGAUCAAUAUUUUACAGAAAUUAUUAGAUUCGAUCAAGAUAAUAAAAAAAUGAAUAUUUGCAUUUCAGAAAAGUUGCGUCGAAAAAAAGACGUUAUUGAAGCAGCUGAAUUUGGACAUAACAUACAACUAAAUUUAAUCAAAAAUUGGUAUGAAGAAAAAAAGAAGAUGUGUAACAAAAUGUGCAAUGAUGAAAUGGUGAAAUUAAUUAUCCAAUUAAGAAAACGUUGUGAUAAUAUGAAUAAAGAGAUUGAAAAGCUAGAAAAGAAAAAUUAUUUUUCUAAACAAAUGAUAGAACAAACACAACAAAUAAAAAAUAAUAUUAUUGAUUUAUAUAAAAGAAAAAUCGAAAAUGAACGAAAUCGAGUUAAACAAUUGAAAGAAGCGAUAGAUCUGUUAAAUGUCAUUUGA